CCGGCGGGGCGGCGCCAAGAUGGCGGCGGCGCUGCUGGCGCGGCUGUGCCGGGGCCCCGCCGGGCUCCGGGGCACCGCCGGGCUCCGGGGCAGCCCGGGGCUCCGCGCCGCCUGCCCGCCCCUCUCCGCCGCCCCACCGCUGCUGCUCCGCCGCCCCGCCGCGCCCCCGGGGCCGCGCAGCUUCUCGGCGGCCGAGCUGGUGCGCGCCGCGCCGCCCGCUCUGCAGCCCUACCUGCGGCUGAUGCGGCUGCACCAGCCCGCCGGGACGUGGCUGCUGUACCUGCCGUGCACCUGGAGCAUCGCGCUGGCGGCCGCGCCCGGCUGCCUGCCGGACUGGCGCAUGCUGGCGCUGUUCGGCGUGGGGGCCGUGCUCAUGCGGGGCGCCGGCUGCACCAUCAAUGACAUGUGGGACCGCGACUACGACAGACAGGUUGCAAGGACAGCAAGCAGACCCCUGGCAGCUGGUGACAUCUCCACUUUCCAGUCCUUGGUUUUUCUCGGGGGACAGCUCAGCCUGGCGCUCUGUGUGCUUCUGUGUCUGAAUUACUACAGUAUCAUUCUAGGAGCAGCCUCUUUAUCCCUUGUGAUCACCUACCCUCUGAUGAAGAGAAUAACAUACUGGCCACAGCUUGUUUUGGGACUUACAUUUAAUUGGGGAGCCCUUCUUGGCUGGUCUGCCAUCAAAGGGUCGUGUGAGUGGUCUGUGUGUUUGCCCUUGUACUUUGCUGGAGUCAUGUGGACACUGGUGUACGACACCAUUUAUGCACAUCAGGAUAAGAAGGAUGACAUCAUGAUUGGUGUGAAGUCAACUGCCCUGCAGUUCAAGGAGGACACCAAGCAGUGGCUCAGUGGCUUCAGCCUGGCCAUGCUCCUGAGUUUGUGCAUGGCAGGGGUGAAUUGCAACCAAACCUUCCCAUAUUACUCAGCUGUGGCUGCCGUGGGGGCUCACCUGGCACACCAGAUCUACACUUUGGACAUAGACAAGCCUGAAGACUGUUGGAAAAAAUUUGCUUCAAACCGUACUGUAGGAAUUCUGCUCUUCAUAGGGAUUGUGUUUGGAAAUCUAUGGAAACAAAGAGACUUAAAAAAUGUAGAAGAGCCUUCAGAGAACAGAUAGUUGAAAUCACUAUACUGAUACUUUAGUCUAACUGAAGUGUAAGUAUUGUAAGAAGGAAAACACUUUAAUAUAAAUAUAGUUGCUUUGUAAUGUUUAUUUAUAAAAGCUGGUGGAAACAUUCUUGUUUCUCAAAUCAUGCAAUUGAGAUAAUUCUACAAGGGAAGCUUUGGUUAUCUGGGAAUAACUUCAGUCUGCAUAGAAACUCCAAAAAGUGAAGCUACUCUGCUGGUCCUGUGCAGUAGCAGCAAGCUCUGGAGACUGUGAACUCAAGAGUUUAUAUGAAGCAGGUGUCUCUUAGUGACAGCACGGGUAAAAAUGCAAAAUGAUUUCUGGAUGUAAAUAAAAUUUGGCUGUACAUCUUU